AUGGCGGAUGUAUCCAGCGACGGAAGUGUUAGAGCGACGCCGGAGAUGAGUUCCGACGAAACGAGUAGCAAUGCGCGGCCGAGCAUGGCCCCGAUGGUGACGCCACUAGCAGCGUCGGCGUCGUUCAAGGAGGUGAGCAAAGGUUCCUCAUCGCGGCGGAGGGCAUCACUCCGGCCUAGUAUGGACUCGGAUGACUUCAUAAACCUGCUCCACGGCUCGGAUCCGGUGAAGUUGGAGCUCAAUCGGCUUGAAAAUGAAGUCAGAGAUAAGGAAAGGGAAUUGGGAGAUGCCCAAUCUAAGAUCAAGGCAUUGAAGUUUUCAGAGCGCCUCCGUGAGAAAGCUGUUGAAGAGCUCAAAGAGGAACUGACAAAGGUGGAGAAGAAGCUCAAGCAAACAGAAUCUCUUCUUGAAAGCAAGAAUCUUGAAAUUAAGAGAAUCAAUGAUGAAAAGAAGGCCUCCAUGGCAGCUCAGUUUGCAGCAGAAGCCACUCUUCGAAGAGUUCAUGCUGCUCAAAAGGAUGAUGAUAUGCCUCCAAUUGAAGCCAUACUAGCACCCUUGGAGGCUGAGCUCAAGCUUGCUCGACAAGAGAUUGCAAAACUACAGGACGAUAACAAAGCAUUGGAACGACUCACUAAAUCAAAAGAAGCUGCUCUGCUCGAAGCAGAGAGAACUGUGCAAGUAGCAUUGGCAAAGGCUUCUUUGGUGGAUGAUCUCCAAAACAAGAACCAAGAGUUGAUGAAGCAGAUAGAAAUCUGUCAGGAAGAGAAUAAGAUUUUGGAUAAAAUGCAUCGACAAAAAGUUGCAGAUGUUGAAAAGCUUACCCAAACUGUGCAUGAGCUCGAAGAGGCCGUGCUUGCUGGUGGUGCAGCUGCUAAUGCUGUACGGGACUACCAGCGGAAGGUUCAGGAGAUGAAUGAGGAAAGAAAGACUCUUGAUAGAGAGCUAGCUCGUGCAAAAGUAACAGCAAACAGGGUGGCAACUGUGGUGGCAAACGAAUGGAAAGAUGCUAAUGACAAAGUGAUGCCCGUAAAACAAUGGCUUGAAGAAAGAAGAUGCUUGCAAGGUGAGAUGCAGCAACUACGGGACAAGCUUGCUAUAGCUGAGCGAACUUCAAAAUCCGAAGCCCAGUUAAAAGAUAAAUAUCAAUUGCGAUUAAGAGUUCUUGAAGAGAAUUUGAGAUCACCAAACACGGCCAGUCGCAGCACAUCUGAUCUGAGAUCUUCUGGGAGCAGUACUGUGUUGAAGCAUGCAAAAGGGACCUCAAAGUCAUUUGACGGUGGCUCGCGAUCUUUGGACAGGGGUAAAAACCUCUUAAAUGGACUAGGAUCAAAUUUCAAACAAAGUCAGUCGUGUGAUGGAACUAAGGAGAGCAAGACGGAAGACAGUACUUGGAAAACGAAGCAAGAGGAAAAUUCCAAUGAUGCACGGGUUACAGAAACAGAGGAUACUGUUCCAGGGUUGUUAUAUGAUCUGUUACAGAAAGAGGUGAUUGCCUUGAGGAAAGCUGGUCAUGAAAAGGACCAAAGUCUUAAAGACAAGGAUGAUGCAAUUGAGAUGCUAUCAAAGAAGGUAGAAACUUUAACGAAGGCCAUGGAGAUUGAAGCUAAGAAGAUGAGAAGGGAGGUAGCUGCUAUGGAGAAGGAGGUGACUGCCAUGCGUACGGAGAAAGAUCAUGAAAAUAGGGCCAAACGACUUGGGAAUUCUAAGAAUUCUCUUAACAGUUCUCAGUUACUCCCUGGAAGGAGUGCAUCAAGAAGCGGGUUGACACGCAGCACUCAAUGA